AAUCUUUCCUUAACUUCCUUUUGUUCUUGCUCUCGUUCGUUUUGAUAGGUUCGAAGAAUACCAGUGGGCGGGGAAAGCAGCGCGAUCGCCAGGUUUCGGGACACUCUUCGGAGGCGGCUGGCGUCUCUGGGUUCCUGGUGCUUCCUUUAUAAUCGCCAGAGCUGGCGGCUGGUCAUGGAGAAGGUGUUGUGCGCUGGGCACGGGUUUCCCUGCUUUUUGAAGACUGGCAUCAAGGAUGGCCCAAACAAAAACAAAAGUUUUUAUGUGUGUGGAGUCCAAGACCAGCCACCUUGUGGAUUUGUCCUCCCCACCCAACUUUGUCCUUCUCACUGCUUGAUGCAUGAGGCGUAUGUGGUGGACCUGCAAAUUUUGAUUCAGCAGCAGGAGACAAACCAAUAUCGACUGUUCUAUCGGUGUGCUCAAUCUAAAGAGAAAGGGAAGAAGUGGUGUGGAAGUGUCCCAUGGCAGGAUUCCCAACCUACCAGAUUGUCAGCUAAACCACAGUCUCAGCACAUGUUGGACUUAUCCCUUAAUCAAAGAGAACAAAGAAACCCCUUCAAAGUGCCAGGCAAGAAUCAAGAACCAUUCCCUAUGAAGCAAAUUAAUAACUAUAAGGACAAAAAUUCAAAAAAAAAGGAUAAGAGAGAGACAUUGGACUCUGAUGAAACAAAUCAAUAUAACUUAUCAUUGGAAUAUGUUGGGAAAGAACUUCCAAAAGAAAGUAAGAUUAAGUCUGGAGAUAAAAGUGGUAGAUCAUCCAGGGGAGAAAAAGAAAGCCAAACUAAAUCAAGUGACCAGAUGACUAACCUUCAAGAAACUGCACUUUUGAAUAUUCAAAAAGGUUGUUCUAGCAAAAAAAGUGAGGUACCCUCUGGGCACAUAAGGCAGAGUUCAUCCAGGGGAGAAAAAGAAAUCCAAACUAAAUCAAGUGACCCAGCAACUAAUCUUCGAGAAAUUGCACUUUUGAAUACACAAAAAAGUUGUUCUAGAGAAAAAACUGAGGUACCCUCUGGACAUAGUUCAUCUGUGAGAACUGCUGAAGAUGACUUGCAGAAGCAAGAAACAAGCUGCAGUAGCCAAACAUCAGGCAUAAAGCCUCUUAAUGAGGAACAGCUUGGAAAGGGAGGAUCAGAAUCCUGCAUAAACAAAAAUAUAACAGAGAAGACUCAUGGCAAUGGGGGAAGUGAAAAGAGAACUGUGACGUCACAAGGAAGUGCCCCUUCACAAAGGGCAGAAAUUUUUGAUUCCAAAGCCCUUCACAGCCAGCUUUCAGCUCAGUUAAGCCAAAAAAAGAGCACUUUGAAAAUGGUGAAUAUGCAGGCUCUGCCAGAUAAAGGGGAACGAUUACUAAAGCAAGUGCAGGAGCUGGAAGCCGCGCUUAGAUCUCUUAACCUGGAGACAGAGGAAGGCGCAAAGGAAGCAGGCAAUGCAGGCAUUAUGGGAAAGGACAAAGAAUUGCAGAACAACCCAUUCAGCAGAACCACCAUAGAGCCACCAAGUACUCUGAAGGGGAAAGGGCCACAGGUGUUCCAUGAGUAUGAGAAUACCAGACCACUACAGCUCCAUCUUCCUGCAGGAUCUAAUCAGUACUGCAGUGACCCUUCUGGAGAAUAUUCUUCUGUGCGGAACCUUUAUGGAGGCCGAAUGACUGAAGAUCGUCUCAGGGCUGUGUAUAAUGCCACAACUGAUGCAAUUAACCAGCUCCACAAGUCCCUCAAGUCCUGCCCCACUGCAGAGGCAGUGGCUGUAGACCCAUCAGGAUUGAAGAUCUCCCUUUUGCUGCACCAGAAACAAGCACUAACUUGGCUCCUCUGGAGGGAGAACCAGGCACCAUGUGGAGGAAUCCUGGCGGAUGAUAUGGGCUUAGGGAAGACGUUAACGAUGAUUGCUCUUGUCCUGACUCAGAAACAGUUACAAAAGGAGAAGAAAGUAGAGAUUUGUACGUCACGACAAGGUUCUUCUGUUACCUCUUCCAAUGGCACGCUGAUUGUCUGCCCUGCAUCCCUGAUCCAUCAUUGGAAAAAGGAAGUAGAAAGACAUGUGAACAAUGGCAACCUGAGAGUCUGUCUGUACCACGGACCUAACCGAAAUAAGAAUGCAACAGUCCUCUCUGGAUAUGACAUUGUCAUCACCACCUAUAGCAUUCUAGGCAAGGAAAUCCCCACACACAAAGAAGAAGCAGAGGUGGCUGCUAAGGACCACAUUGUGCAGGAUAAAUCACUUCCCUUCUCACCUUUGCUGUGGAUAAACUGGGCUAGAAUUGUAUUGGAUGAGGCACACAACAUCAGAAACCCCAAAGUGCAGGCCUCACUAGCAGUCUGCAAGUUGAGAGCUACUGCCAGGUGGGCUGUAACUGGAACACCCAUUCAGAACAACCUCUUGGACAUGUACUCCCUGCUAAGGUUCCUUCGCUGCUCGCCUUUUGAUGAAUUUAAGGUGUGGAAGAAUCAGGUAGAUAAUAAUACAAAAAAAGGAGGAGAGAGAUUGGCUAUUUUAACCAGGAGCCUUUUAUUGCGAAGAACCAAAUAUGAGCUGGAUUCAUCUGGCAAGCCUCUGGUCUCACUACCUCAGCGACUCACUCGGCUGCACAGAUUAAAACUCUCAGACGAUGAACAGUUAGUGUAUGAUGUGCUAUUCACACGAUCAAGGUCAACCCUGCAAUCGUACCUCAAGAGGCAGGAGGCUCAGUCGACAGAGUAUACAGGGAAUAACCCAUUUGAAAGAGUGGCACGACAGUUUCAAGAUGGUCAGUGGGACUCCAUGGGAAAGACUAACACAGAUACUCCACCUGUCCCCACCACUGUUCAUAUAUUGUCCCUGUUGCUGAGGCUCCGUCAGUGCUGCUGCCAUCUUUCUUUGCUGAAAAUGGCUCUGGAGCAAGCCAACAUGGACAGUGAAGGCAUCUCUCUCUCAUUGGAGGAGCAGCUUCGUGCCAUGACCUUGUCUGAACCUGAUAGCAGUGACCCUCAGUCAGUGUACCUCCUUGGUUCACCUUUUGCUGUGGAUCUUUUUGAAAUCACUAGAAUGAAUACCAAGUUAUCGUAUCUGUUGGAAGAGCUAAAGGCCAUCCAAGGUCAGUCGCAGAAAAGUGUUGUUGUGUCUCAAUGGACUAGCAUGCUGAAGGUUGUAGCAGUCCACCUUGAGAAGCUCGGUCUGAAGUAUGCCACAGUAGAUGGCUCUGUGAAUCCAAAGCAGAGGAUGGAUGUGGUUGAGGAAUUCAAUAAUAAUCCUAAAGGACCUCAGGUGAUGCUGAUCUCUCUUCUGGCUGGAGGCGUUGGCCUCAACCUCAUUGGUGGAAAUAAUCUCUUUCUCCUUGACAUGCAUUGGAACCCAGCUCUGGAGGACCAAGCCUGUGACCGCAUUUACCGUGUGGGGCAACAAAAAGACGUUGUGAUUCACAGGUUUGUUUGUGAAGGGACAGUAGAAGAAAAGAUCUUGGAGUUACAAGCCACGAAAAAAGAGCUGGCCCAGAAAGUGCUGUCAGGAAGAGGAGACUCCUUCACAAAGCUCACCCUGGCAGACCUCAAACUUCUUUUUGGCAUUUGAUUGUGACAUUUUGAAAGAGAAGUAAAUUAAGGAUGUAUAAAUAAAGUGAUUGAGUCAUGCUUUUGCAA